UGUUCCACUUCCACUCCUCCCAGACUCCCCCAGGAAUGGUCUCAAGACUCAAGACUUGGUUCCACUCUCUCCUCCCUGAGACCAAUUUACCUCACCAUUUGAGAAAGACAAGUUCUUUUUGUUCUGUCUUAGCUAAGCCCUCACUCACUCCUUGGCCUUGUCCUUCAAACUCUCUUUCACCCAGUUCAUUCUCAUUGAUUUCCUUUCUGUAGACUCUUGUCUUGGAAUAAAAGGCAAGAUGAGCAACAUUGCAGCUGAGAAAGUCAAGAUAUGCCACACUUCAUCUGAGAAUUUGUUGCUGAGCUUGGUCGACCUAUUUCAUCAAUACACCGGGCGUGAUGAUAAGAUCAACAAGGAAAACCUGCUGAAGCUGCUGAAGGAGAACUUCCCCAACUUCCUCAAUGACUGUGAAAGAAGGGGCAAAGAUUACUUAUGCAAUGUCUUUGAGAAAAAAGACAAGAAUGAGGAUAAGAAGAUUGACUUUUCCGAGUUUCUCUGUGUAGUGGGGGACAUAGCCACUGACUACCACAAACAGAGCCAUGGUGCGCCGCCCUGUUCCGGGGGACCCCAGUGAUUCCAGGCCAGUCCGGCCUAGAGGCUUCCAGAGUCCUCCAAAACAAUAAAGUAUCUCCUUGCACCUGACACUUGCAUUACUCCUUCCUUUUCUUUUGGUGGUGU